AUGGCCGGCAAUGAAGAGUCUUCGAAUAAAUUAAAGCAGGCUAUUUCCUGUAAAAUAUCGGAGCUUGUGGCUCUUACUCGCGCUGCGGGAGAUGAUGCGGUCAGUGAUUAUUUAAAGCAGAUUUCGGAAUCGGACAAUCAGCUGUUAUCUCUUCAUCGGGCUCUCGUCAAAAGACUUAGAAGACGGUCCAAACCGUAUACCUCGAUUUCCGAGCGUCAAACAUGGUUUUCGAACUUCGUUUCGCGAAAAGGAGAGAGGCUCUCUGUUGACGAAGCAGAAGCCCUCGCGUCCCUCACGAAGAACUGGGCUCUUGUAGACAUCGAAUGUCUUAAGGCUUGUGCUGAGAUUUGGACUACAUGCCCUCAGUUAUUUUGCGACGGAGUAGCGCCGGAUAAAGAUAUUAUUCGACGGUGCUACCACGAUCUAGAACGCAUGGAAGAUCUUGAUGCAACAAGACGCAAGGUAUUGCUUGUAACUUUAUCUCGACAAGUUUACAAGAGACAGAGCCAGCUUCUUUCUAGUCCAAAAGCGCGAAAACGUUGCAGGAAAACACAGAGUGACCAUGAUAGUCGACACUCUACUUUUCUAAACUCUGCAUUAGUCGACAUAUGUUCACAGCUGUGGGACGACCCAAAGAAGGAUCAAGACACAAGGAGAAAAAGGCUUUCACGCUACUCAUUGUUUGGAUGGAAGUGGGAUAGGUUGACUCACAGUGAAUUAAUACUUUCGCUGACUCAUGUGGCAGCAAAAAGAUUCGAGUUUCACAAGUGGACUUAUAUUAAAAUCGAAGCUUUGAAUGCAUACACGGAAACGUUACCACAGUUUGCCAUUCGAGAAACUUUACAGAAGGCUUGGGUUGCGAUUCUGAACUAUUAUGAAGGCAACACCGCGUUACAUCAGGCAGCGAGGCCCAGCCCUCGGGAAACUGAGGAACCUCAGGUCAACAUCGAUUCAGCACAAUCAUCGGACUAUCGCAAUAGUCCCUCCCUUGGCUUCGAUCUCGCUUUUAUGGAAGAUGUGUUUGCUUCAGAUGAACCCUACUUAUACCUCCCCAAACGUCCAGUCGAAGCAGAUAGAGUUGGCGUUACUGGUGAUUGUUUCAGACCCACUAUGUCGAUUGACGAUAUAAUUGCUUCGUGUAACCCUUGGUUUUCACUCCAUGGUGCUGGAGGGAGUACAAAUGGUCCUCUACUAACUUCAGCCGGGACCCAGAAUAUUGGAUCAACGUACACGAAUGGUCAUAUUGAAUACCAAUCGGCUUUAUCUGAAUCGGGUACGUCGACCAAUCCCACAAAUGCGACACUUGGUCUGUCUAUCGAAGCGACAUCAGAAGCAUAA